CAGCUGUGGCUACUGAGUAGAAGGUUAACAGAAGGUUCAGCUAUUGAUAUAUUAGAGGUGGGACGCUACCUGACAGAGCUAGAAGGAAUCAGCCAGCCAUGCCUCCAGUUCAGAGGGAUAACGAAUUGGCUGAUAGAGUAACAAAUGAAAAGUAAUCUGACUCCACUGACCUGCUUCACUCUGGAUGAGAACAAUGGAAAGGAGUAGCCUUUUGCUUUGAAACAGUGGAACAGCUUGAGAAAAUGGCAUGUAACAUACCUAACCAAAGACAGAGGACUUUGUCUACAUCUGGAGAAGCUCUAUAUGAAAUUCUUGGUCUGCAUAAGGGAGCAUCAAAUGAAGAAAUUAAGAAAACCUACAGAAAAUUGGCCCUGAAACACCAUCCAGACAAGAAUCCAGAUGACCCAGCUGCUGCUGAGAAGUUUAAAGAAAUCAACAACGCCCACACAAUACUUACUGACAUGUCAAAGAGAAACAUAUAUGACAAGUAUGGCUCUCUGGGACUCUAUGUGGCUGAGCAAUUUGGAGAUGAAAAUGUUAAUACCUACUUCAUGCUGUCAAGCUGGUGGGCAAAGACCCUGUUUGUCAUCAUUGGCCUCUUGACUGGCUGUUAUUUCUGCUGCUGCCUAUGCUGCUGUUGCAACUGUUGCUGUGGACACUGCCGGCCCAAAUCAUCGGUGCCAGAGGAGGACUUCUACGUGUCCCCAGAGGAUCUUGAGGAGCAGAUCAAAACUGACAUGGAAAAAGAUUUGGACUUUCCAGUUGUUCUCCAGCCUACAAAUGCAAAUGAGAAAACACAGCUAAUCAGAGAAGGACCUCGAAGUUAUUGCACAGACUCUUAAUAUUGAGACCAUUGGGGGUCCACAAGUAUCCCCUCUUGAUUCAGCCAUGUCUCCAGGUGGUCAUGGGUGGAGCAGGGUAGGGGACAUGAAAUGCUGUGAACUUUUCCACAUUCAUAUUUUAUUUUUUAGGUUAGGAAAAGAUGAUUGCUACAUAAUUUUCUCAGUAUGCAGUCUCACUCUUUGAGUAGAAUUCCUAAUGAAACACAUUCCAUUUUGAUGAAUAAAAGCCUGAAGAAUUGUUUUAUGCUCCUUGCAUGAGGUAAGAUGGUGGCACUGGACAGGCCAUCUGAGCCAGCCCUUUCUGUGACCCAGAUCUAAUUCCUUACAGACUAAAGUAGCAUUCCAAUCAGAAGCCACAAUUCAUCUAUUUAACUGAAUGCAAUAUUCCUAUCUGCCACAAAUAUCAGCAAAAUAUACAUGGAAACUUAAAAGGAAUUUUGUGUGUGUGUGUGGAGAUUUUCCCCUGUCGAUAUCUAAUAAGGCUACAGAAAUAUUUCAAGAGGCAGGAAGAAAUUAUUAGGUAAAAAAGACAAAUCACUUAAUUUUAAAGUAUAUCUUUGAAAGAUUAAAAGUUGUCAUUUACUGAAAACUGAUGAGUAAAACCAGGAAGAAACAGGUUUUGUAUACUUUUAGACUGGCAUAAAAAACAAAAACAAAAUUUCAACCUGGUCAAAUGUUAUAAAUGAGCCAGGGAACCAUACCGAGCCCAAAACAGCUGACCAAAAUAUGUUGACCAUUUUUAAGUAAAAACAAUUACUGUACAACUGACCUAGAUUAAACAGAGUCAGGAAAAGAAACAUGUAGGGUAAAAAGUAGAAUUCUAAACUCUACAGCCUAACUUUAGAUUUAAAGGCAUUUCAUUUAUACCAUUUUUGGUGAGAAUAAUUACAUUGACCAGAAAAUGCUCAGUUCUGUGCAUGUUGAACAAUGAAGCUCAAAGGUCAUGCCCGCAUUUACUCUUGGAUCCUUAUAUUCAUUAUGUGGUCAAAGUCAUGUCCUUAAACCAUGUUUUAAAAUAGUAUAGAAAGUGUUUGUUUUUUCUCAGUCUUUUAUAUAAUAUUGCAGCUUUCAAGAUCUUGUCAUGUUUUUAUAUAAUAUUGCAUGAAAUGCCAUUUUCUUUUUUGUUUCUUUUUCCCACCACCACCACCAAAUUACAGUCAACUGAGCCUAAAAUAUUGUAAGUGAAAACUGGUGUUACAGCUCUGACAAUUCUGAAGUCAUUAAAACUGUACUUUAACUCUUGAGUUACUGGAAUUUUUUUUAAUCGACAAUCAAGUACAAAAAGCCCUGGCUGGAAAGUUAGGAAACCCGGUUCUAAUCUAAACUCUCACUACCUAGCCCUGUGACCAAGUGAGAUGAGAAUUAUAUGGCUAAUUAUAUGGCUCUAUGACUCCAUUACUUGCUCUGACCACCUUCCAAGUUGCUGUAAGACAGGAUGAAAUGUCUGAGGUAAAAGAACUCUACAAAGUCAAGUGUUCGACAAAUAUGAGGUGGUUUUACAUGAAUUUGUAUAAGUUUAUACACAGACAAAUAUAAUGUGACUUCUUAUGCAGAUAAGCUCUUACCCAGAAAAACUCAUGAAGAUACAUAGUACUAACAGUGACCGGCAAGAGCUUGGAACUCUGUAUUCAACAAACAAGUGCUACUUUCCAUUUGAAGGGAACAUGGGAUAAAUAGCCCUGUCUGUGGUAAUUUGAGCCACUACAUUUCCUUCCUGGAGUCUUUUUAAGCAAAAAGGUCAGGACUAUUUUUGAAUUGCAACCUGUAAAUCACAAAGGUCCUUUUUCUCUCCCAGACAUCAUU